AUGAAAGCCUUCAAACCAUGUGAAGAAAUCAUGAGAAGAUUUGAGCUUUUGGCUCAGCAGGUAGUAUCAUACGCCUCCAUGCUUAAACAGUGGGGCAAGCAUCUUAAAGCCUGCACCACCACCACCACCACCACCACCACCCAUGAAAGAGAAUCAUCCCACAUGAAUGGGCCUCCUUAUGUUAUGCAUGACGACAGUGAUGAUAUCUGUCAUCAAUGGAACAAACUAUGGGGAAUUGACCUAUCACAAUCUACAGCUCUGGUUGUCGAUCAGGCAAGGAUCAAUUAG